CUGGGCUUCUGCCGUGGGAGCAUUUCUUGGAAUUGCCUCUGAAAAUUGUCUUUCAAUAUGCUAAGUGUCACACUUGCUCUCAGUAUCUGAAGACCACCGUGGGAAAGAUUAGUGUACCUUGCUAAGUGAUGCGUAUUAAACCGUCCUGCAUUUAUUUAAAAGAAGCUCACUGUGAUUAUAAACUACCAGGAAAGUUUGGCGUUAGGAGAUUAUAUAUUUCCCCUUUCUUGGAAAUGGUGAAGUCAGGAACUUGUCUGUUGUACUAGGUUAGAAGAAAAAUACUUGUCCAAAUGAAGCAAACACAUUGGCUAGAUAGUCUGCAUAUCUGCAUGUAUGUGCCUAUAGCAGAGUGAGUUAUGAAUAACUUCUGAGUGAAAAAUGUUUCCUUCUUAGUGUGCAGUGUUAAAUCUAAUAUGUUGAGAUUAGUAGCACAAUGCUUCAUAGAAAAAUGUACUUUCUGAGCCACAAACUGUUGUUGUCUCCUUAGAAGGGCUGAAUGCUUUGGCUGCUCUUCAUAGCCAUCAAAAUGUUGUUGGAGUGAGACACCUGUGAUAGAUUCCUCUCUUUCCCAGGAGGAGAUUAUCCCCCUGCCUCUAGAGUUUGGAAAUAUAAAAUAAUUCGAGAGAUGCUCUGGCAUUCAACAGCACAGUUUAUACAAGGUGUAAUUUAAAGGGCCUGGAAACGAGAGGGCUCAAGAGCAGCAAUCCUUGGAGAUAACAGUAGAACGAGUUCCCCACAAAGCAGAUUCUGCUGUCCACCUGGUGCAACUUCUCCAGGAGGAGCAACUACCUGCUGAUGCAAAAAGAAAUGUCUCCCUGACACAGUGUUUCUGCUGCUCAGCCCCAUGUGAUACAGGUUGCUAACCAAGAAGAUAGUUUCCUGACUUGCUUUCUUUUACAUCCAACCCAGUGCAGCAGCUUUCUCCAGAUCAAAAUAUCAAGGUACUGAGAAACAUGAAGGAGCAGGUACUUCUUCUGGGAUUACUGAUCAGGAAAAGGAAUUGUCAAGCAGUGCAUUACAAGCCUUUCUGGCUGGGAAUUACGAUGCUUGUUUACAGCACCUAAAUACCCUUCAAGACAUAAACAAAGAUGACUACAAAAUAACCUUGAACACUGCUGUUGCAGAGUUCUGUAAAAGUAAUCAGACUACAACAGACAAUUUGAAACAAACUCUUAACCAGCUGAAGAAUCAGGUUCACUCUGCUGUUGAAGAAAUGGAUGGUUUAGAUGACGUUGAAAACAGUAUGCUUUACUACAAUCAAGCUGUUAUUUUGUAUCAUCUGCGUCAGUAUGCUGAAGCUAUAUCAGUUGGAGAGAAGCUGUAUCAAUUUAUAGAACCUUUUGAAGAGAAGUUUGCCCAGGCUGUGUGCUUCUUGCUUAUAGACUUGUACCUGCUAACUUACCAAGCUGAGAAAGCCUUGCAUCUCCUUGCUGUUUUAGAAAAAAUGAUUUCACAGGGCAACAAUAACAGCAAGAAUGGAAAAAAUGAGUCAGCUAAUAAUACAAAUAAAGAUUCCUCUAACCAGAAGGCUGAAAGUGGAGCUUUAAUAGAAGUUGCCAAGUCUAAGAUACAUCAGUAUAAGGUGAGAGCCUAUAUCCAGAUGAAGUCACUAAAAGCAUGCAAAAGGGAGAUCAAGUCUGUUAUGAAUACAGCUGGGAAUUCAGCUCCUUCUCUCUUUCUAAAGAGCAAUUUUGAAUAUUUGAGAGGGAAUUAUCGGAAAGCGGUCAAACUUUUGAACAGUGCAAAUAUUGCUGAACAUCCAGGCUUCAUGAAAACAGGUGAAUGCUUAAGGUGCAUGUUUUGGAACAAUCUUGGUUGCAUCCACUUUGCUAUGGGAAAGCACAACUUAGGAAUUUUUUACUUCAAAAAAGCCUUGCAAGAAAAUGAUAAUGCGUGUGCACAACUAGGAACAGGUAGUUCAGAUCCAGGUAAAAAAUUUUCAGGAAGACCUAUGUGUACACUACUGACUAACAAACGGUAUGAGUUGCUCUACAAUUGUGGAAUACAGCUUUUACAUAUUGGGAGGCCCUUAGCUGCCUUUGAAUGCUUGAUAGAGGCAGUUCAGGUUUAUCACUCAAACCCUCGUCUUUGGCUGAGAAUAGCAGAAUGCUGCAUUGCUGCCAAUAAAGGGACAUCAGAACAAGAAACUAAAGGCCUUCCCAGCAAAAAGGGAAUUGUGCAAUCUAUAGUAGGUCAAGGCUACCACCGUAAGAUAGUCCUAGCAUCCCAGUCAAUACAGAAUGUCGUUUAUAAUGAUGGUCAGUCCUCAGCAAUCCCUGUAGCCAGUAUGGAAUUUGCAGCGAUCUGUCUAAGAAAUGCUUUGUUGUUACUGCCAGAAGAUCAGCAGGAGCCAAAGCAGGAAAAUGGGUCAAAAACUAGUAACCAGCUAGGGGGAAAUGCAGAAAACAGUGAAAGCAGUGAAGCGUGCAGCAAUAAAAGUCAUGAAGGGGAUAAAUUCAUUGCAGCUCCACCUUCUUCACCUUUGAAGAAACAGGAAUUAGAAAACUUAAGGUGCUCAAUACUUGCCUGUAGUGCUUACGUUGCUCUGGCUUUGGGUGAUAACCUUAUGGCAUUGAAUCAUGCGGAUAAGCUUCUUCAGCAGCCAAAGUUGUCAGGGUCCCUUAAGUUUCUUGGGCAUUUGUAUGCAGCAGAAGCUCUCAUCUCUCUAGACAGAAUAUCUGAUGCCAUCACUCACUUGAACCCCGAGAACGUCACUGAUGUUUCCCUGGGGAUCUCUUCAAACGAGCAGGAUCAAGGGUCUGACAAAGGCGAAAAUGAAGCGAUGGAAUCUUCUGGCAAGCAGACCCCCCAGUGUUAUCCCAGUUCAGUCACAUCUGCACGAACGAUGAUGUUGUUUAACCUUGGAAGUGCUUACUGCCUGAGGAGUGAAUAUGACAAAGCCCGAAAGUGUCUCCAUCAGGCUGCUUCACUGAUCCAUCCCAAAGAGAUCCCUCCAGAGGCUAUUCUACUGGCUGUGUAUCUUGAAUUACAGAAUGGUAACACUCAGCUGGCAUUGCAGAUCAUCAAGAGAAACCAGCUUCUCCCUUCUGUGAAAACACUCUCUGACAUGCGGAAGAAGCCUGUUUUUCAGCCGGUCCACUCAAUCCAGCCCAUUCAGAUGCCAGCUUUCACUACUGUUCAAAGGAAGUGAGGUCCUGCUUGAGCCUGCUGCUGCCCUUCCCAUGAGGGCCUGGGAUUUUGUAUAUUUUUUUAACCUAGGACACCUGGAUACCAGGAUUACUGGAGUGUGUUCAUUUGUGUAAAUUUUUAAUAAAACACU